AUGAUCCUUCCUCACGCCGAGGAAGUAGAGCUCCGCCGCGGCUCAUCGCCGGGAACCAUCACCUCCACCACCGGGCGCGUAAACCGUGUCGCCGUGGCCACUAGCAGCGAGGAAAACCAGCAGGCGGUCUCGCAGGACAGGCGUGAGGGCCGCGAUGGCGCGGUGAAGUGCCCCACUACAUCCGCGAGCCCUGGCCCAUCCUCGAAGAAAGACUGUUUCCAAGCCACCGCCGCUCACUCGAGGUGUCCCUUGAGCGCGCCCCGCCGCGCCGCCUACGAAUUCCACGACAUGUUCGGCUUUCUCGUAACGGAGGCGGAGAAGGCCGCGGAGGACUACGAGCGCCGCAACAACGGCUACAGCCGCGCAUACCUGGACAAGUGGCAGUACAUGAUAACCCACUGGGCCAGCGUGAAGCAGGACACACUGAAGAGGUACUGCAGACGCGGAGUGCCGCAGCCGAAGCGGCGCACUGUCUGGCAGCACCUGCUGCAGAGUUGGGGAAUGAAAGAUCGUUGCCCAGGGGAGUAUAUGCGCCUCCACAGUCAGCCGCUCGACUCGAACGACUUGGCAGACGUCAUCGCGCGCGACCUCGAUCGUACCUUCCCGACGAACCGCCUCUUUAGCAUGAAAUCGGGCCAGGGGCAGCAGAUGCUGUGCCGCAUCCUGCACGCCUACGCAAACUACAACCCCGGCGUGGGGUACUGCCAGGGCAUGGGCUUCCUCGCUGCCACCCUCAUCCUCCAGGUGGAGGAGGAGGAGGACGUAUUUUGGGCCUUUGUCGCUGUCAUGGAGAACACCAAGUACAACAUGAAAGCCGUCUUCGCCCCUAGCUUCCCGCAUCUGCAAUGCGCCUUUCACGUCUUCGAGGCGCUGAUGCGCCAGAAGAUGCCGAAACUGUACGCCCACCUGCACGACAGGCAUCCUAUUCCACCUUGUUUCUACGCUGUACACUGGUUCAUGACUGUCUUUACAUACUACUUCAACUUUGGUCUCGUGUCCCGCAUCUGGGACAUGUUUCUCUGCGAGGGGUGGAAGCCGGUGUACCGCAUCGCCCUGGCGCUGCUCAAGAUCGAGGAGCGGCGGUUGCUGUCGCUGAACACGGAUACGGAGCUGCUGCUGGCACUCAAGGGCAUUCAGGAGUCGAAACGUCCUGUAGAGCUGCUCAAGACCGCGCUCAAAAUACGUUUCAAGAGCGCCUACGUGAACCAGUUAAUGGAUGAGUACCACGCGCAACCAAGGUAG